AUUCGUAAACCGACUGCCUUGUAGGAAAAAUCAUUUUCCAUUGUUGUGUGAAAAACCGGUGGAAAAAUUCCUCAGUUUUAGCACUUUAUAGUUUUGCUUAAAAGUCGCUUUUGUUUGUUGGUUUUUUUCCCGACAGUUUUCUGUAUUGUUGAAUCUUUGAUUUCCUUUUGAAUAGAUGAAAAUAACCGAAGUGAUGGGUCGUACGACAGUAUGAUUGUUGGAAAUAAAAUUUUAUUGUUAUAUUAAUAGUUUAGAAUGUUGGCCUAAAAUAAGUGAACAAACUAUCGUUGAAUGUGAUAUGUGUAUGUAGAUAGAUAGUCCCUAUAUGGAAUGAAACAUUUGAUAUAUUUCGAUUAAGUAUUCAAAUGAUAAGUAGUGUCGAACGGAACCAAAUAAAUCGUUUCGUGUUAACCAAAAAUAUGAUGAACACAUACGUUUGAAGGAACCAAAGGAGGUCAAAUAAGUAAUAGAAUAAAUGACCGCAAUGUAGUUAGAUAAAGAGCAUAUAUGUCCUUCGAUUUUGACUAAUUAAGUCAACAGUCAAUCGUUCAUGUUCUAGUUUAAUAACAGAAGUUUUCCAAUCGAAACCUCAUUUCAAACUGGUGGUUCAACUAACAUCGAGUGAACAAUAAUUGUUGUCAAAACUAUGCCAACAUUGUCUAAUGUGCCAUCAUUCGAAGAAGACGAGCCAAUGGAAACUGAAGCGACAACCCUUUCAACGAACAGUGCAUUUACCGUCCUCAACUCAACCGACAAUUUGAAAACAUACAGUAAACCAAACGCAAUCGUGAGGCCAUCAAUACGACAAAAUCCUCCGAACGGAGAGGAUUUUAUUUUGAAGAAUGUUGAGUCGCAAAUCCUAUUGCAAGUUGACGAUGAUGAUGGAAAAUCACAUUACGAUUUGGGAAGUUUUACAAAGGAGCUGGAUACGAAAUUGAGACGAUUGCAGUAUGAGAAGAAGGGUUCAUCAAAAAAUAGCAGCAAUGGUGACACCAUCCAAAAACGACCUCUUUUUAUAACAACUGUUCCAACUGGUAUCUUUUUGCAACCACCAAGAGAACUUCCAGUUCCUCCGCCUCGUCGGACAUACGCAUAUUUUAGCAUUCCAAAAAUUCUAGCUAAUAGUAACAAUGCCUCAGGAAUACAAACUACACCACCAAAAUUGCCAUUUAAAAAGAGCCGACAAAGGGACACUCAUCCUCAGAAUAUUAUGCAUGAUAGGCGAAUAUUUCGUGGAAGUAAUUUUGGUCAAGCUAAUAAUCAGUGGAAUCCUUACUUUGCAUACGCUGGUCUUCUGUCUGGUAAGACGGAAGUAGAUGGCGUUAAUAAGGAGCAGGAAGCUAGACGUAGGCAAAUUCUACGUAAGCAACAUCAGCGAUCGCAGCGUGGAAUUAUCGGAACUCCGCCACCAGUAAAAGGCCGUAGACACGAAACCAUUCAAACCGACAAAUAUUUGGAAGAGCUGUUAACAAGACCGAUUGAAUCAGAUGCUCAGUGUCAGACUGAUUUGUUUCUUCAUCGACCACCGACACCGCCUCAUAUUGUAUCGUCAAUCAAAUCAGUUAAUGCAGAGACACAAGUUUUGGAUGGAGAACUUUUUGAUUUUGACGCAGAGGUCGAACCGCUUUUGGAGAUGAUGGUUGGUCGAACAGUGGAACAAAGUUUACUGGAAGUGUUAAAUGAAGAGGAGUACUCCGAUCUGCGCAAGCAACAACAAGAAUUUUUAUCAAUCCGGGAAGCAGAGAUUGCAGAAUUAAAACGCCUUCAAAAUAAGGAGUUUACAUCGAAAGACGAUAAGAGAUGUCAACUUCAUCAAGAUUUUAGUGGUCGAGACGGUUUCAUCGAAAUGCAAGACAAAGUCACAGCUGCCCAAUUACUGCAGGAUCAUGUUGCUAGUCGUCUACCGGGCAUUCUCCAGGCUAUUGAUCCAUUUGAAGAAGAACGAAAGGAAGAUCAAAAGAAAAGGGAAGAGAUUGAACGAACAUUGGGCCCGUGGUUGUCGAAGGAGGUUGCUGAGGAGGUGGGACGCAUGAUUGAUUCGCAAGAACUGCUAGAGGAAUUGGUCAGAGAAAUCUUAGAAGAUCGAGCUGCCAAGUAUUUAAAAAUAUGUGAAAGUGAAGGCAAAGAGAAUCAUUGAAGAAAGCAACAAAAGAAUGUGAUAUAUUUUCGUAAAAAGGCAAUGAAUGCAAUUCAAAAUUAUAGUUAGCGUAGCGGAAUUUUUGUAUUCAUCCUACACUAUUUAAGAUUUUGUAUGAAUUAAUUUUCAUUUCUAGUGCAUCUUAUUCAGUAGGAUUGUACCUUCAAUCGCAUAUCAAAAUAAAUUUAUGGAAACUUCAUGAAAUAA